CGCCACACGUGACGUGGCGGCGGCGGCACAUGUGGCCGUAUUGCGGGCUGUCGGCGUCAGCCGCCAUCUUCAUUCGGCGCGCUGCGCUGGCGCUGGAGGAAGGAGGUCUGGCAGGACGCAACACAAUGGAAGAAGACUGGAAUGCGGAGAUAGGGGCCGAGGCGUUACUCCCAUCCCUUGAGAAGGUUAACUUGCUUGAGAGACCAAAUGACGCCUCAUCUGUCUUUACUUCAAGUGUAGACUCAUUUGGUUUUCAAGAAGGAAUUGAAGAAGAUGCCACUACACAAACCAGAGGGUUUAAGGGGUUUGGGCGAGGUUUUCAAGAACGAAAGGCUGUAGGUGGGGCUGGUACACAAAACAGAGAGUUUAAAGGAUUUUGUGGUAGCUUUGGACGAGGUGACAGUGGUAGAGGUAGGCAGAUGCCUCAGUCUGGAACUCCUGAGUCUAGAGAAAGGGGAAUACUCACAGAUGGUGCUGGUCCAAAGGUGACAUAUGUGCCCCCUCCUCCACCUGAUGAUGAGCAAGCCAUAUUCGCACGUUAUCAGACAGGAAUGAAUUUUGACAAGUAUGAUGAAAACACUGUUCAGGUGUCAGGACAGGACGCUCCAGCACCAUUAAUGAGUUUUGCAGACACCAAUAUGUGUGAUACUUUAACUAUGAACAUUUCUAAAGCUGGAUACUGGAAGCCUACUCCAGUGCAGAAGUACAGCAUUCCUAUUAUACUGGCAGGACGGGAUUUAAUGGCAUGUGCCCAGACAGGAUCAGGAAAAACUGCAGCAUUUCUUGUACCUGUUGUGGCCCAAAUGAUGAGGGAUGGUGUAACUGCCAGUGCAUUUAAAGAACAGCAAGAACCAGAAUGUAUUAUUACUGCCCCAACUAGAGAACUGAUAUAUCAGAUUUUCCUAGAAGCAAGAAAAUUCGUGUAUGGAACUUGUAUAAGGCCUGUUGUGAUCUAUGGAGGUACACAAACAAGCUACUUGAUUCGUCAGGUAGAGCAAGGCUGUAAUAUACUGUGUGCCACUCCAGGAAGGCUUCUAGACAUCAUUGGAAGAGGAAAGAUUGGUUUGCAUAAUGUGAAAUAUUUGGUGCUGGAUGAAGCAGACCGCAUGCUUGAUAUGGGUUUUGGUGCAGAUAUGAAGAAGUUGGUAUCUUUCCCGGGCAUGCCACAAAAAGAGAAACGCCAAACACUAAUGUUUAGUGCCACUUUUCCUGAAGAAGUUCAGAGGCUAGCUUAUGAAUUUUUAAAAACGGACUUUAUAUUUGUUGUUGUCGGAUGUGCGGGUGGAGCAUGCAGUGAUGUUCAGCAAAAUAUUCUUCAAGUUUCUCAGUAUUUCAAGAGGGAUAAACUAAUAGAAAUUCUACACAGCACAGGUAAUGAACGAACCCUGGUCUUUGUGGACACCAAGAAAAAAGCAGACUUCAUUGCAUGCUUUCUUUGUCAAGAAAACAUACCAGCCACUAGUAUCCAUGGAGAUAGAGAACAAAGAGAGAGAGAAAUAGCACUUCGGGAUUUUCGUUCUGGAAGACGUCCAGUUCUUGUGGCAACCUCAGUGGCAGCAAGAGGUCUGGACAUUGAAAAUGUUCAGCAUGUUAUUAAUUUUGAUCUUCCUUCCACCAUUGAAGAGUAUGUACAUCGAAUUGGGCGAACUGGUCGUUGUGGAAAUACAGGAAAAGCUGUUGCCUUCUUUGAUAAAUAUUCAGACGGUCAUCUUGCACAACCUUUAAUUAAAGUGCUUUCAGAUGCUCAGCAGAAAGUUCCUUUUUGGUUGACGGAAGUUGCUUUUCAGACUGAAGGAGGACGACUCCCAGUUAAUACCCAAAAGAAAUACAGAGGCAACAUGAAUACAGGAAAAGUAGAGAUGGACUCUUCAGCAAGAGAAAUUGAAUCAUGGGAUUAAACUGUUCAGCAAGAGGAAUUGAGUCAUGGGAUUAAACUAGUUUGUACUGUUUUUUGCUGUAAGUUAAAUGUUGUAUGAGGAGAUAAUCUUGUGAAGACCCAGUUCGGGAACAAGCUUUUAUGUACGGGUUCACCUAAACUUUGUUCAUUUUUUUGGUAACAUGUCAGUUAAAAAGUUUCAAUCUUGUGUUAUGAUGAUUUAAGGAUCUGUUAAAGAGUUCUGAAGCAGUUAAUAAAAGUUUGAGAAGC